GGGGUUUGGGGUUUGGGUUAGGGUUCAGCUCUGACUGUAGAUUGGAACCAUGUGACCCUGCUUCAGCUGCAGGUUCCACAGCUGCAUGUGUCUGAGUUCCUGACUCUUCCACCUUUAUUUCAUGCAGGUUCUGGGGAUUAAAGUAGAGACUAAGGACCUGACAAUGAAGCUGAGUCUGAUCCAGAGCAUUGGCCUCAUCGCCAAAGCCGUGGGCGAGUGUGUGAAGAAACAGGGCUACGUCUUUACGCGGAAACAGGAGCUCAUUAGCAUCAUGCUGGAUUUCAUCAAGGCAGAGGCAGCUGAUUCAUUACGGACUCCAGUGCGCCCUCUGGUGAUGAGCACCUGUGCCAACCUGAUACCUCUGGAUCCUCCUCUGACCGAGAAUGAUGCCUUCGACCUGUUGAAGGUUUGUGUGAACAGUGUGUUUUCUCUGCCGCCGGAGACGCACACACCUGAGAGAACCAAAGACGAUGAUGUCCUGGACCCCAAGCAGAGACAGACGUUGUACACAGACACGUUGGAUCGCUGCAGCAGCUGUUGAGGAGUUUCCUGUUGAAGGAUCCAAACCCCGAUGGCCUGCAGAACGUCUUCAAGCACAUCGACUCAUGGCUGAGUUCAUCACAUGACCAUCAGAGACAGUGGGCGGUAACGGUUACAGCCGAUGUGUUGAUG